UAUCCAGUCAACAUGGGACUGAUUCAGUAAACACGUGGACGGGCGUCGCAACACACUGAAAACUUAAAAUAACUGUUUUGUUUUGUUUUGUAUUGUAUUUAAAGGACUCUCUUUGUGGCGGUUAUCUCUUAAGAUUGAUAUAAAAUUGAUCAGUAAUCUCUCAAGUUUGUGAUUACCUGUGGAUGGCAUAAUAAAUGUUCACGACAAGACUAUGAGAGCCACUGCUCUCCAUGUUUAGCACAGAUUAAAAUUUAUACAUAUCUAAUCGAUAGCUGUAUCUUGUUACUCAAAAUAUUGUGUCCGUGGAGUCCGGCCGAGUUUUUUUCAUUUAACGUCACGUUAAGAAACAAAACAACGAUGAAAAAAAAGACAAAGAAAACCAAAGGCAGCUUUUGCACUAGAUGUUUUAUCUGCGGGCAAACGUACGGACUAAAGGUAGUGGAUAUGCAUAUGCAUUCUUAUUUCCACCAUGAAGCAAUUGAGAAGAUCAAGGGCAGUGAACAGCUGCAUAAGUGUUGGGCAUGUGAUGUAUCUGUGAUGGGACUUGAGCUUUACGCGGAGCAUAUUGCCACCCGUGAGCACAAACACCGUCUGAUUAAACUCCAUUGUAAAAGAAAUACAAGAAAACUUCUUGAAGUGGACUACAAUAUUACCCUGACUGAUGAUGAAUCAAAAGCCAUUUAUGAUCUAAGACAGCAAAGCAAAGAAAAAAAAAAUUUGGAAAGGUGUUUUAUCUGCCUUCAUGGUUUCCCUGAACAGGAGAGGGACAAACAUAUGCACAGUGUAAUCCACCGUGGUGCAAUUGAGCAAAUGAAGGGCAGUGAACAGGAGCAUAAGUGUUGGGCCUGCGAAAUAUCUGUGAUGGGAAUUUCAGCGUUUAAGCAGCAUAUUCGCAACAAAACUCACAAAAAGAAGCUACUGGAAUUCAUUGAGAAUAGAAAACUUGGGGAAAAUACAGUGGACUACAGUGUUGAGUUUAAUGAGCUUAAAGACCUUUGUGCCCAGAGAGAUCAACAAAAAUUAAUGGAAAGAAAAGAGAAAAUUGCGAAGAGGCUAGAAGCACAAAGGCACAGGACAUGGUGGUUCAAUCAGCCAGAAAUCACAGCUGAGAACGUGCAUUGUACAAUACCCUUCAUGGUGAAUGAGUUCACAACUGACCAGUUGCCACCAUCAUGCCAAUUCUCUUUUUGUGAAAAUCUAGAUGACCAUCCAGCAUCUUUCCAGCAUAACCCAAACAUGCAUACACCGAGAGAAGAGAGCAUACUUAAUACGGACAGAUCAAAUUGGCCAGUUGUCUUGAAAAGUCCUUGUCUUGAGAGACCAUCAGAAAGUAUUCCUCAAGAAAUGUCUGCUCAUGGAGCUCGUCCCAACCCUUAUGAAAAAGGUACAGAUGUUUGGGCGAACGACGUGACUCAAGAAACUGAUGAUGGUACUACUGCUGAGCCUAUAUGUGCCCCUGGAAUGGUCCAAAUGAGGAUGGAGGAAAACAUACCCAACAUGAUAGCAACAGGUGGAGUUUGUUUAACACGGAAGGCAGCAACUGGGAAUGAGGCUGCUGUUCCUAAUCCUCCUCAUUCCAAAAAGUCUAUGUUGAAAGUAAACCGAUCAACACCACAAAGAGAGCAGAGCAUGACCAGAGAAGGCAUGAUUGGACAAGAGCCAUAUGUAGCUCCUCUUCCGCCUGUAUCUUUACUGGUUGAGAUGUUUGAAAGCCAGACAUCACAAAAGGACUCUGAGAUCACUGAAAAGGUUCAGCCUCAGACUGUGCCUGUUAAGAAAAACAAAUCAAAUGAGUGUGACACAGAACAAGCAGAAACAUCACUGCAGCAUCCCAGCAGCGUUGAAGCCAUCUCCUGCAAUGUCCAGAAAACCAAGCGAAAAAAACAAGAUGUUUCACAUAAUCUGAAUCCUAAGACAAACAACAAAGUAUCUAAAAAAAGGAAAGUGAAUAAGUUGAUAUCGCUGUCUUUGGAAGAAGAGGAGUUGAUCAGCUCUUUGGAGAAUGUAGGUGAGCAGCUGUUCCAGGCGUAUUCCACCCUGCAGAACGCAUACACAGAAGUUCAGCAUCUACUGUCUGUUAAACAAGAGGUUACCUCCGAGAUGGCCUCACUCAGGGCAAAGCGCAUAAAGAUUCUGCAGGAUAUGAAGAAUCCCGGUGACCAGCAGGAGGUGUUAAAUGCCUCCUGAGAUCCGUGCGAACCUUCCUCUUCAGCAUCCACUGAGCCUCACAGAGCAGCUGCACCACAGGACCCACUCCCAGAAGUAUCUGAUGCUACACCAACCUCUCAGUGCACAAAACAUGUAUCUCAUCUGAGAGCAUAGACUGCAUUGCUUAGCUCAUAACUGCAACAUAACAGAGUUUUGCCGUAGUUUUAUAGUAGGUUUAUGGCAGUUCACAUUGGAUUAUGCAGUAAUUGGAUCAGAUGGAUUUAGAAUAAUUCACAAAAAGAAAUCUGCUCUGAUUCUGGCAUGAUAAUGGCAUUUCUGUCUAAAUUGUUUGAGUUAUUAUGUCAAGCUACAAAGGCAUGAAAGGGGAUGUUAAGAGAGUCCAGCAAAGCUUUCAUCUAUCUGAAGAAACAUGUCAGUUAAAAGACUUUCAAAAAAGCAUCAGUUGGAUAUGUUGCUUAAAAGACCUCAUACUCAUAUAUUCAUUCAUACUUGCUCUCAGAGGUUUAUAGCUGUUUUAUUCACAGGAAUCUGAAUAAUAUUUUAAAAUGUUCAAAAUAAUUGGUUUAACUUGUUUUUAUUAUUUGUGUUCUUGCUACUCGAGCACAAGAAGCUUUGUUUAUGCUCAAGGUUAAUCAUAUGUUUGUCCAUUACUUGCAGUCAUGACACAUUUAUUGUACUAUUUUGUGCUGUUUGUUUAUGCUCUGCAAAUCAUGGCAGUGGUGACAACUGGAAUAGAACCGUUCGAAGUUGAACACUUUAUUUAGUUGAAUUAUUUACAGUUGCACAGCAGCACACACAUUUUUCAAGGAUGGGUUCAAAUGGUUGUCAUUUUUGGCAUGACAUUUUAAUAUGACAACAUUCUGUCACCUUAAAGGGAUAGUCAACCACAUAUGCGUUUUACAAGACCUAAAUGAGCUGUCAUGAUCUAUUCCGUAGUUCAUAAUCAAUGACCAAAUAUGUACAAACAAUAAUCCAAAUAUGAUCAAAAUUUAUGACGCUUGUAAUCUUUCUUCUGUUAAUAUUCAAUAAACAAUUAAAAAAAAAUA